AUGCUUGUUACCAGGCAAUUUGAUACCACCGAGCAGAGCCACUGGUCCUACAGCAAGUUUGAGACUCCCCUCCAAAAGUCACCCACUACACCUCCACGCAUGUCGAACCAGUUCGAAGCCCCGUUGCCGACGCCUCCCGAGUGGCAGGGGCAGCAGUACUCAUACCUGUCGGGCCCCGAGAACAACGUCUUCUCUCAGGCGUACGGAGUCGGGAAUGAGACUUCGGAAGCCACACAACCUCGCACUACAGCUGGCGCAACUGCACAAGUAGACACCCACACGAAGCAACAGCAACAAAACACCGGCCUGGACAGCCGCGGAGCAUCAGACCCUCUCGGCCUUCGCCAGGUGAAGCAGCCCACACCGGAGGACGAGCCCGAGGACAGGCAACCGCAGCAGCAAAGAGAACAGCGACAGGGAUCGCAACCCUCAGAGAAGACCGCCGAGACGGCACUUCUGGAGAGUGCGCCCUUGACAGAGAUGCAAAGUCAGACAAUGUCCUCCAAUUCGACCUCAUUGGCGGAGCAGGAGGCUGAGGCGGCCGCUGCAGCCCAGAUGGAUAACGACGAGGCGAACCUGAGCAAAGAGGACGACGACGAUGUGCUGGACGAUGAUGACAUGCUCGACGACGGCGACGGCACACCUCAGACUGCCGCCGAGCGUACGGCAGCGCGCAGGAAGAUGAAGCGAUUCCGGUGGGUGAACUCUUGCCAAGACCACGACCAUAAUCUCGAAAUGGGAAUUCCGGGCACUAACAUGAAAGACAGUCUCACGCACCAGCAGACACGGUUCCUCAUGAGCGAGUUCGCUAAGCAGCCGCACCCCGACGCCGCCCACCGAGAGCGUCUGUCUAGGGAGAUUCCUGGGUUGAGCCCCCGCCAAGUUCAAGUUUGGUUCCAGAACCGCCGAGCCAAGAUCAAGCGUCUCACAGCCGACGACCGGGACCGCAUGAUCAAGAUGCGCGCCGUCCCCGACGACUUUGACAACGUCCAAGCGCUUCACUCUCCCUACGGGGCCGUCCACGGUCUCAACACGCCCAUGUCAUCGCCCAUGAACUUUGGAACGCAGUCGUACGCGGACCACAUGAUCCGGCCGCUGAUGGUCGAUGUCCGGAGGGCGGAGGGUGGCGACGAACACAUGUCAUCCACUGGACUGAGUCCCGGGUUCGGCAGCAUCGGGUUCACACCGCCAGGGGCCAUGAGCAGCCCCGACAUCUUGUCGCCCAUGACGCCCAACUCGACCGGCGACCACCGCUACGGAUACGGCAGCCACCUCUCGCCCAUGGGCUCCGGCCCCCGGACGUCGAACCCCUUUGCGCGACAGGGCGCCCUCGAGAACUCCAUGUCCAUGCACCGUGGCCAGCCGAGCCGGCCUCUCCAGCCACUCCAGUUGAGGGAAACUAUGUCCCGGUCGAGGUCGGACAUCCAGUCCCCCCUCCGCUCCAGCAUGUCGUGGAAGGGCGACGCCAUCGACUACAACACUUACCACCACGGAGCCGGCGGGAGCCCUCAGCUCAGCGGGAGGCAACAGUCGGUCUACCAGCCCGAGCAGAUGAGCGGCCCGUCGAGCAGUGGCCUGCCCUACGAGUCGAGCUCGUAUUCCAGUAGGUCUCACAGUCACUUGUCAUACCGGCCCGACGCUGACCGCCACGCAGACAACGGCUCACCUCCCGGCAUGAACUACUCGAGCUUCCCGCAGGGGCCGCCGAGCCGCCUCCGCGGCCGCGCCUCGUCAGGCACCCUCGGCCUCGACCUCCGCAAUCAGUACCGCCCCGUCGGCUCGGUCCCGCCUCCCGGCCACGGGUCCGCACCGCGCACCGCCUCGGCCCAGUUCGCCUCAUCCGCCUACACCUCAAGCUUCCCCUCGGCCCCGCUCACGGCGCCUGUCGACUUCUCCCUGCCGCGCACCCCCGGGCCCCGACCCGGCGGCGUCCAGGACUAUUCUAUGCCCCAGAUGAGCGCGCCCAUCGCCGCCCCCCACGACUUUUCGCAUGCCUUCCACGCCAGCAUGAGCUCCUCCAACUCGAGGACGCCCAUGCGCGACACCUUUGGCGGCGGCGGCGGGCCGAUGCCUCCUCAUCACGAGAACCAGUCCACCAACAGCAGCGAGUAUCAGCAGCAGCAGCAACAACAUCACCAGCAACAGCAACAGCAUCAUCAGCAACGAGGAGGAGACGACUACGCACAGGACUUUGGCGCUCUCAAAAGGAAACGGAGCUACUCGGGCGGAGCGCCGGCGGGUCCCGGUCCCGCACCCGGGCCGCAGGCAUACGGGAGCACGGCAUGA